AUGAAGCGCUGCGAGAUCACGAAUCCCUAUCCUGCAUCUAUUACCGUGACCGAAGUGCCCUUGCCAGCGUGUCCGGAAAAGGGUGCCGUAGUUCGCAUUCUCUACUCUGGUGUAUGCCAUUCUGAUCUUCAUAUUUGGGAUGGAUUCCUAACUGUUGGCCAGAGCAAGGUGCUAAACCUUGUCGAGCGCCCUGGAUUUUCUUACCCAAAGAUUCCUGGUCAUGAGAUUGUGGGCGUGGUCGAGUUUCUGGGAUCACGAGCAGUAGGGUGCGGCGUGUCAGUUGGUGACCGGGUUGUGGUCUACACUUGGGGUGGAUGUGGUGAUUGUCGUCGAUGUCUGAAUGGGUUAGGUAAUCUGUGUGAAGAAUCAAAGAAGGAGAUAGGGUUUGAUAUUCCUGGUGGAUACGCACAGUUCGUUGCAGUCGACCUCGUGAGCUACCUUAUUCCACUGCCAGAGCACAUCGAUGGUGCAACGGGUUGUAUGCUCGGUUGUGCUGGUCUCACUUCGUAUUCUGCUGUGAAGAAGGCGAUGCCGGUUGUUACAGUGACUGCUGACCUUGGAGAAACACCAAAGUUAAUGGUGAUUGGUGCUGGUGGGGUAGCAUUAUGGGGUCUUCAACUUGCACGAACUUGUUUUCCAAAGUCGACAAUCAUCAUAUGUGCAGAAGUGGACGACGAAAAGUUUUCAGCUGCUAAGAAAGCUGGAGCAGACAAAACAGUUUUAUUUCAAUUGGAUAAAGACAUUGCAAUGAAUGCUGAAGCCGUUACUGUUACCAGUAAUGGCAAAGUCGAUGCAGUAUUGGACUUUGUCAAUUCAUCGUUUACUGCGGCCGUUGCUGUAGAGUGCAUUCGAAAGGGUGGUAUGUGUGUUAUGAUUGGUCUCUUUGGAGGAUCUUUGGAGUUAUGUCUACCUUUCAUGCCUCUAUGUUCUCGCACAGUUACCGCGGUUUACACGGGAUCUCUGCCAGACUUGCGAGAACUUGUACAGUUGGUGUCAAACAAAGGGAUACAUGCUCCAACUCAUGAAUUUCAUCGUUUGGAUGAGUUACAAGAUGUAUUCGAAAAAAUGAAGAAAGGACAACUUAACGGACGUGCUAUUUUAAAGCCUAAUUGACAUGAACUUAAUUGGAUAACCAUAGUGGUGCUGCACUUCAAGUUUCAAGCACUGGAAAACUUUGUCAUUGUUUUCUGUUUUAUUUUUUAAAUUUAUUAACAAACAGUUUGUAGGCAGAGGUACUGUACAGACAGCCAUUAAUGCAGCGGCUAGGUGUAGGUCAUGAUGGUAUUGUACUGUAGUUUGGUUUGUUAGAGAUAACAUGCAGGCUGAUUGGCUAGAAAGGAUGUAGAUAUACAUACAGUACAAUACUGCAUGCAAAAUGGCGCGCGCGCGCGCGCGCGGAGAUACAAGAAAAUGGUAUUGAACAAGGUAAGGACAGGCAUGACACAGACAGCUGCAGA